UCUCUCAAGUCUCAACUGCAAACCACGAGAAGAAGCAAAAUUCACUAGCUCCCGCUCAGUUUUUCGUUUUCAAUUUUGAACUGAACUCAACAACCACGAAAAUAAACAAACCAAUUCACAUUAGGGUUGGAUUGCAAUGGAUGAAUCACCAAGAAUGCAGUAAAUGGAGAAGAACAAAAUUGACGAAACCGUAGCAGAACAACAACAACCACUCGAUCCUCUCUCUAACUACCGAGGUCUCUCUCUCUUCCCCUCAACCUCUUCCGCUCUUCCACUCUCCGUCGCCGACGACCUCGACGCCAUCCACAACCACCUCCGAUCCAUGGCGUUGCGAAGUCCCGCGAAACUUGUGGAGCAGACGAAAGCCAUACUCGAGGAGAAUCCAGGACUGUUCAACUCUCAAGAUGAUGAGAGAAAUGAUGUUGUUGAUGUUGAUGUUGCUGAAGAUGGUCAGGAUUUUCCUCGGAAACGGAGACCGGGCUUGGGUCUCAAGCGUGCGCGAUUCUCUUUGAAGCCAAGCACAAGUGUUUCUCUUGAGAGUUUGCUGCCAAAUCUGGACAUUGAAAACCUGAAAGAUCCGGUGGAAUUCUUCAAGGCUCACGAGCGGAUGGAAAAUGCGAGAAGAGAAAUACAGAAGCAGAUGGGUGUGUCCGUUGAGCAAAAUCAGGAUGAUGUGUCCACUAGACCACGACAACGUCGACCGGGGCUUCGCGGGAAUGAUCAGAGGUCAAUCAAAUACAGGCAUCGGUAUAGCACAGAAAUCUCUGACAAAAAUGAUCAUGCCAUGGCCUCUCAAGAGGCAUUUGGAUCCGACAGUUUAGAUCCUGACACUGAGAAGAUUGAGAACGGUGAAGCUUGUCUUACAUCAUUGGAAAAUGAAGUAACUGAUUCAUCAGCUACUGAGGGGAACAAGAUUUGUGAAAUUUUGGAUGGAUUGCUGCGUUGCAAUUCUGAAGAUCUAGAGGGGGAUGGAGCAAUGGAUCUUUUGCAGGAGAGGCUACAAAUUAAACCCGUUGUUUUAGAGAAAGUAUCUGUUCCAGACUUCCCAGAUAACCAACCGAUUGAUCUGAAAUCUUUACGAGGAAGCUUAUCAAAGCCAAGGAAGGCUCUAUCCAACAUAGAUAAUCUAUUGAACGGAAGGAAAAAUAAGACACCUCUUAGACAGGAUGCAGGGUCCCCUGCUGAGCAAUUAGCUUCACCCACACCACCAAGGAGUCCAUUUGCUCCAUUGUCAUCAUUGCUGAACCACAUUUCACGGUUAAAGCCAUCAGUGGAUCCAUUUUCAGCUCAUGAUAUUGAUCAUUUAUCCACAACAAAGUAUUCUCCAGUUCAUAAGAUGAACCAGGAACUCAAUGUUGUAGGUUCUGCAAAGCCGUCAAAUGAACUGAAUGAUCAUAUAACCAAAGAUGCUGUUGCUAUUGGUGAAACAAAUGCAGUUCCGGAUACACUCAGAAAUUGUGCCAGUGCCUCUGAAAAUUCCAAGGAAGACAAUUCUGGAAAGUCAUCAAAUAAAUUAGAUGCCCCCUUAAUUGAAGAUAUACUUGCAGUAAGUGAGUCAUGUUUGAUUGAGGACGCUGUCAUGAAUUCUACCAGUACUUCUCAAAUGCCGAUGGAGGAUAAUUCAAUGGAACCAGAGUUUGAUGCUAAUGUUGACCGGAAUGAACCACAUGCUGACAUGGAUGUAGAUAAUGGCGGCAGUGGUAUGGGUGAAACAGUUAUGGAUGACACAGUAGCCAAGCCAAAUAUUGAGAUACUGACAGAAAAUACAGACGCGUUUACAGCUUCUAUGCCAACAGAUGAUACUGAUAUUGACGUGGUGAACCCGCUAGCUGAUCAAUCAAGCCCAGGUGUGAUUCAAGCCAAUUAUAUAGACAAACGCACCACAUGUACCAAUGAGGGUUCAGAACAGUGUUUACAGGAAGAGAGAGAUGGUUCUAGGGCACCUGUUGAACAAAAGAGAGUUAAAUCACGCUCACAAAAAGAUACCAAGAGCAAGAGACUUGCAAAGAGGCAGAGCCUUGCAGCUGCUGGUACAUCAUGGACGUCAGGAAUUAGGAGAAGCACCAGGAUCAGGACAAGGCCUUUGGAAUACUGGAAAGGGGAAAGAUUGGUCUAUGGUCGCAUACACCAAAGCUUGGUUACUGUCCUUGGGGUGAAGUGUAUGUCUCCGGGAAGUAAUGGCAAACCGACCAUGAAGGUGAAAUCUUUCGUACAAGAUAAACACAAAGAGCUCUUUGAUCUGGCUUCUCGAUAUUGACUGUUAAAUGAACUUGUCGAGUUAUGUUCUGGAACGUUCUAUCUUGGUCCUAAGAGCUGCGUAGAUAGUGUGGAAUUCUGGUGAUUGAUGUUUCAAGGCUUCAAGCCGCUUAUAAACAUUAUUGUUAGAUUAGUACUAGCUAGUGUUAUUAGUUAUUAGAGUACGGAUUAAACCAACAAGUAGUUGGUUUAAGUGGUAAAAAUACUUAAACUUUCUUAA